AUGACCGAUGUUGGCGAUAACGAAAGAACGGAAAGUAAAAGAAGACUUAUUGAAAGCGUAUAUCCAUCACAUGAUAUUUUCAAAGAAAAAGGUGGAAUUACAAGUUUACAAUUCCAUGAAGAUGAUGAUGGUCAGAAAUCACACAACGGUUUACCAGACACGCUAUCUGAAAUGUCGCCAUUCAAGCCGUUCCGAACAAAUUACAAAUGUUCAGUUUGUUUUAUACUUAGUUUUCUGGGUUUAAUUUUGGGAAUUAUUUUACUGGUCCUACUUGAUCCAUUAGUGAAUAAUAUACUUGCACACAAAAUGGCUAUUGUUCAAAAUCGAGAAGGCCGUAGAUUUUGGCAAAAUCCACCAGCUACUAUACAUCGAAAAAUGUAUAUAUGGCAUUGUACCAACCCUAUUGCAGUACAAAAUGGUGCCAUACCAGAGUUAGUUGAACGUGGACCCUAUGUUUAUCGAGAAGAAUGGAAUCGAUCAAGUAUUACUUAUAGUGAUGGUUUCGACAGACUUUCUUACAUUCCAAGUACGACACUUUAUUUUGAUCGAAAUCAAUCAAUUGGUCCCGAUGAUGAAUAUGUCUCUGUUAUCAAUGUACCAUUAAUGGCUAUGGCUUAUGAAGUGCAAUUUUAUAGUAAAGAGAUGCAAGAAGGUAUUAAUUUUUUUAUUGAACUACUAGAAACACAACUAUUUGUUAAUGUUACCGUAAAACAAUUAAUGGAAGGUUAUACAGAUCCAUUAAUUGAAACAGCUAGUAAAGUGAAACCUGGUGUAUUAAAAGACGAUAAAUUUGGAAUAUUACAAGCUAGAAAUACUUCCUAUUAUCAAAAUUUUACUAUUCAGACUGGAAUUAAUGAUAUAACUCAAGUAGCAAAAAUUAUUACAUUCAAUGGUGUUAGUACGUUAAAUUAUUGGUCUACACCUCAAGCAAAUAUGCUGAAUGGAACAGAUGGAUCUUUAUUUCCACCAAAUUUAAAAAAGGAUAAAAAGGUUUAUUCAUAUAGUGCUGAUAUGUGUCGCUCAUAUUAUUUAUCAUUUUUACGAGAAAGAAAAGAUGGUUAUGUUACCUUAUACGAUUACCAUUUGUCUGCCGAUGUAUUUAACAUGUCUCGAGAAGAAAAUCGUGGUUUUUGUGGUCAUGGCCCUUGUUUAGGCGAUGGUGUAUUGAAUAUUAGUACUUGCUACUUAGGAGUAUGGGGUUUCAUUUCUUCACCUCAUUUUUUUCAAGCAGAUGAAAAAUUCCGACAAGAUGUUCAUGGCAUGCAACCAAAUAAAAAUAAACAUGCAUUCAUCAUGAGUUUUGAUCCGGUAACUAGUGUUCCCUUUGAUGUUAAUGUUCGAUUACAAUUGAGUUUUUAUAUGCCAAAUAUAAAAAAACUUCAUUUAUUAAAAUCAGUCAAGCCAAUUAUAAUGCCAAUUGUAUGGUUUGAUGAUGAAGCCAGGCUGACACCAAAAAUUCAUCGUUUAUUAUCAAUAAUAUUAGUAUCAUUGGAUGUUGCGUCUUAUAUAAAAUUUAUUUUACCAUCGCUUAGUCUUUUACUUGUUACGUUAACUUCCUUGUAUAUAUUUUUUCAAUGGCGACGAAGUCAACGUGAAGUCUUGAACUCAAAAGUACUACUAGUUAAUAGAGUUAAUGAAAAUGAAGACGUCUAG